AUGAUCUCGCUCGGCCUCUCUUUGAUACGGGAAAUUUUGCGCGCCUCAUUAUUCCUGAGCGAAACAUGGCACAACCCCGCACUUGGAGGCCGCCCGCAGCUUGUACCCGGCUUGGAGGACAGCCUGCUCGUUUUGAUGGGCGCUACCGCGAGCGAACUCGCCCCGACCUCUGGCGCCCAGCUCGAGGGUGGUUCUCAGUCCUGGAUUGAGUGCACUCAUCCUGGCAACAGACGGGUGCCCACGCCAGCAGGCAGGAGACAACGCAACAGAAACGGCAAGGCAGGGGUGGAACUGCACCACUACUACCUAUGUCCCUCGAACCUGGGUAAGAAGUCCACCGCCAGCUUGCUGAUAAAGGCUGGUCGCAACGGCUCGCUGUGCUUCGACGCUAAUAAAGCAAGCUAA